CAACCCAAACCGGGUGCUUUGAUGAUUAAUUAAUAUUUUAUCUUCAUCUCUUGUUAAAUAUUUUCUCUCUCAUGAAAUUUCAUCUUUUAAUCUUUAUUACUGGUAUAUAUAUAUAUAUAUUGUACUAUAUUACUUGUUGAUUCCAGCUCGUUAUCUUUUAUACCCAUGCUGUACAAUAGCAGAGAAGCGCGUGUCAGAGCUCGAACAAAAACAAGAAUAAAAGCUAGAGCAAGAAGUUUACUCCAUGAACAUUACAUGCCGGGGAUGUUGAUGAGCACAUGUACUCACCGGCGCCAUCGAUAAACAUUUUACGGUCAUUCGUUCUUGAUCAUUAUCCAUCGGAUUAUUAUAUGCCUGUUUUUAUUAGCGAUUUAACUUUGUUAUUUAUUAUUUUAAUGCAGGUUGGUGAUGAAUAAGUGGAGAGUGGAUAAUAAUAGCUGGGAGCUCGGUAAAGGUACGAGAAGCCAGAAGCUGUGGAUCGCAAAAACCCGUCUCGUAGAAUUAAUAUUUAUAAAUUUUCUUACUAUACUGGUUUAUUUGCCGUUUUUAAGUGCUUUCCCAUAAUUUGUACUCUAGCUACUGUAUUUAAUGAAGGUCAGGGGGCUGUUUUCUUCAAGGCUACGGCCCUAUCAUCAGAUCAUGUCGUACGAUCAUGAAGAGUAGGGGAUGCUUCGAGAUUCUUCCACGGUGGUCCAUACAUCCAACCCUACUCUCAAUUCUUCAAUCACACUUUUUUAUUUCAUUUAAUUCUUCACUGUCUGACUCUCAAGGAAGACUUUUAAAUUAAAUCUAUGUUUAUUAUUGAUUACUAUUUAACAUUUAUUCAGUUGUAGAUGCCCCGGGAGUUUUAAAUGAUAACAAGCUCAUUAAUAUGGACAGCCGAUGACGAAUCACCGGGUGGAAAUAGGUUUAACUUAAGAAUUUUAUUUAUCUGAUGGCGAAUCUGUGUGAAUUGAAUGUAUGCUAAAGCUAAAGAAGAAGAAGAAAAAGAAGAAGAAGAAGAUUAUUCUCGGGCCCCCCUCAAGAGGAUGCAGAGACACUGAUGAUGCACUUGGUGUGCAUUUUUUAAAGAGCUUUUUUUAUUUUUGUUUGCAUUCGCUCGGAGAGAAACCAGUUGAGGAGAUUUUUCUCGUGGUGGGAACUUAAGCUGCAACCUACUACCGAGCAAGAAAUUCUCGCCCUUCACCUCCCUCACGGUAUCCACCGCCCCUUUUAUAUAUAAAUUCUGAUCCUCUAGCACUCUAUUCCAGAAAUAGCUUUCGUUAUAAAUGUGGAGUCCGGUCAUCUAAAAGGGGAUAAUGCUCGCGGGCUGUGGAAUUUUUAUAUGGUUAAAAAAAAUAAAAUAACAAACUAACAAUUUGUUUUGCUUAAUCCACACUCGAGGCGCCGAGGUAUCAAUUCAGAAAGGAAAAUUAUAUUAACUGUGGUAGCUUAAGCAAAGAUUUAAAAAGUUAGAGAUAGACUUUUUUAUGAGAAAAAUUUUCUCUGACAUUUAAUAAAUAAAAUUAGUUAGGUAAUUGGAAAAAAUGGCUUACGAUGAUGUUAUUUUACGGAUGGGAGAAUUCGGGAGGUAUCAACGCAGAAUUUAUGUACUUCUCUGCCUUCCAGCGAUUAUUUGUGCUUUUCAUAAGAUGGGUGGAGUUUUUCUCGGACCCAAGAUGACUACCAGAUGUUUAUUGCCUUGGGAAGAAAAGAACGCAACAUUUUUUAUAGACCCAGUUAUUAUGAAUGCAAGUUACCCCAUAGAAGAUAAGCAGUGCUUGAGACGAGUAAAUUUGACGGGAUACGUCCCUCAAGGCGGAGGAAAUGCUGGAAGUAGCGGCGAUUCGACAAGGUUGUCAAGCGACGGGCUCACGACCUGCGAGGAAUUCGUCUUUGACACUAGCAUUUACAAAAGUACAACUACCUCUGAGUGGAACCUAGUUUGUGAAAGAAAAUGGAUGAGAGCUUUUGGAGAUUCGCUUUUCAUGGUAGGAGUGAUGCUUGGUUCAAUAAUAUUUGGUGGUUUGUCUGACAAAUUUGGACGUAGACCAAUUUUCUUCCUGUCUUUAGUAAUUCAGCUCGUCGGAGGUAUACUUGUUGCCAUUGCUCCGGAGUAUGUUUCGUAUAUCAUCUUUAGAUUAAUUGUUGGUUCAACAACAAGUGGGGUGUUCUUGGUAGCCUAUGUAAUCGCUUUGGAAAUGGUUGGUCCAAAAAAACGUUCAGUUGCUGGAGUAGGUUGUCAACUAUUUUUCACAUUUGGUUACAUAGUAACCGCUGCGUUUGCUUACUACAUUCGUGAUUGGAGAUACUUGCAAGUAGCUAUUACGCUACCGAGCUUUGCCUUUCUUGUUUAUUGGUGGUUUAUUCCUGAAUCUGCGCGUUGGCUUUUGACUAAAGGCAAAGACGAUGAAGCUAAAGAAUUAUUGCAGCGUGCUGCUAAGGAAAAUGGUAUUGAAAUACCUCGUGAUACUUUAGAUUGUCUUUUACAUGAAAACUGCGGAGAAAAUGUUGUUGUAAAUAGCCAAGCCUCGUUGUUUGAUUUAUUCCGUACUCCGAAUCUCAGAAAAAAGAGUUUACUUCUCUUUUUCAAUUGGUUGGUCAACAGUGGGACUUAUUAUGGUCUUUCGUGGAAUGUAAAUAAUUUAGGAGGAAAUGAUUAUGUUAAUUUUGUAAUACUCGGUGCUGUUGAAGUACCAGCAUACUUAUUUCUGAUUUUUGUACUAGAACGUUGGGGAAGAAAGAGUAUUCUUUGUGGUUGCAUGGUUGUUUCUGGUCUUGCCUUAGUAGGAACGAUAUUUGUUCCAGAAGAAUAUCCUUGGAUGAUUAUAGUACUUGCAAUGAUCGGUAAAUUGGCAAUAACAUCCUCAUAUGGUGGUAUAUAUGUUUUUACUGCUGAACAGUUCCCUACGGUUGUGAGAAACGUUGGCCUUGGAGCUUGUUCAACUUUCGCCAGAAUUGGCGGUGUCAUUGCACCCUAUGUUAAUCAUUUAGCCGAAAUAUGGAAACCUUUACCACUAGUUAUAUUUGGAGGUUGCGCUCUCGUUGGAGGCUUGAUAUCACUCAUGUUACCUGAAACGCUUAAUAAGAAAUUACCUGAAACAAUUGAAGACGGUGAAUUAUUCGGAUUAAAAGACAAAACUUCAAAAUUAAACAGAGAAAAACAUCGAGAAUUAAAACAGCUAGAUGUACAUCACUUGACUGAUACCGACUCAAUUAAACCAUUGAAGCCAGUAGAAAAUGGAAUACAUGAUUCGAAGCAAAAUGGAUGACGCCCAUGAGCUUACUCAAAUUUGGAAAAGAUGUUUGCAGUAUUCGAGGAUUUUUUAAAUCUGCCAAGCGUGCAAACGCUAUAAAAAAUGUUAAAAAAUUAAAAAAAAAUAAA